AUGUCAGCCGCUAGCACCGCCGCGGCGCCCGGCCGAAAGCAGCUGCGUCGCCGCCUAAUCGCGCCCGCGAGCUUCGUGGCACUCCUGGUGGCCGUGUCCUUGGCCGCAUCCGGCCUGCUCGACAGCGGCCGCCUGCUGCACCUCGCCACCAGCACCGCCGGCGAGGUGCGGCACCUGCCCCCAAGCGGCAGGUUGGGCGGCGGUGAGGCAGCAGGGGACGAGCAGGGGGGCCGCAUCCCGCGCAUCAUUCACCAGAACUACCUUGGAGGAGCGGAGGCGCUGGCUUCCGCCGCGCUACAGCCCAAGUCUCAUUUCCGCAAGGAGUGGUGGCGCUCUUGCCAGACCCACCACCCCUGCUGGGACUACGUGCUGUGGGACGAGGCGGCCUGCGAAGCCCUGCUUGCGGGACGCUACCCCUGGUUCCUGCCCACGUGGCGCGCCUACAACACCACCGUGCUCAAGUCUGACGCAAUCCGGCCCUUCAUCCUGCACGCCCACGGGGGCCUCUACCUAGAUCUGGACACAGAGUGCCUGGCAGAUGCAGGGCCCGCGCUGGAGGGGGCCGACAUCGUCCUCAUGGCAGAGGUGGGGGGACCUGGGCCCGGCCAAAAGAUCCGACGCGUGCGACUGCGCGCUCGAUGA